AUGUUAUGCAGCCGCAAGGACCCAAGCGAAGGAGGUAGCACUGUCAUAGUCGACUAUCGGCGCCCUGCCAGAGAGAUCGUUACAGUUCAGUUGGAGAUGAGGCAGGCGGCCGGCGGCCUGCGAUACCUGCCCUUCCCGCCUACCCCCUCACUCACGGUGCCCUGCCGGUGCCCUGCCGCUUGUGGGCCUCAUGGCCGGUCUACCAAGUACAUCACACGCUGCAUCGCAGGCCGGCGGUUCACGGCGGCCGGCUCUUCAUAA